AUGGGCUUAAAAGAGUGGUUGGGUUUAUCGGCGUCGCAGUCCGUAGGGCACAGCGUUCGAGGCGAUGAAACAAAGGAGGAGGAGCCCCUGGGCUUCGCACCUUCCUUGUCGCAGCAGCAACGACGGCGUCAGCGCCCACAGGAUAUCAACCGCCGUCACACGACAUGGGAGGCACAGCAGGGACAGAGCCGCACGUCCACGUUUGUACCAACCCGCAGUGCCCCGCCCCAAAGUCAAGGUGUUUUCACUACCACGAGCUACCGAAAGCUGGACCGACGCUUCUCCUCCACGUCAAUCGACGCGCAGAACGAUAACGACACCAUGUCCACUAUGGUAACGGCGAUGCAGUCGCCACCGCCUCAUCUGCCCGAUCUGGACUCAGAGGACUCGGAUUUGUCCAUCGGAGCAGAUGACGACUUUGAUCCGUCCCCAUUACCAUUUGUUGCAACGACACGAGCACAAAUGACCACUGUGGCGGGUGCGUCGCCUGCCCCGCGACGCAAUAGCGUCGAGAACUCUUUUCGUUUCUCGUGGAUGAACGUGUUGGGCCAGUCUACAACCUCGGAGAUGAAUCAAAAAAGCGUUAUGACACAAGUGGCAGAAGAAGAAGCAAUCAAAGUAAAACGAAAAAAUAAUCACGAUCCAGAUGUGGCCCUUGGGCCCCAAGACGACGAGAUGGGAGUGAUUAUGCAGGGAUGGCUGCAAAAGUGCGGUCAGCAGUUUAAGACGUGGAAUUGGCGCUUUUUCGUGCUGCGCAAUGACGGCGUACUGUCUUAUUACACCGACGAGACUCUCAAGAAGCUGAAGGGGUCCAUGGAUAUCGGAUGCAGUACCAAGGCGGAUGUGUCGGUGCAAUCCAACUCCAUCGAUAAGAAGUUUGUGUUCAUGAUUGCUACGCCACAGCGCAACCUCAUGAUCUCGGCGCCGUCGCAGUGCAUGAUGGCUAAGUGGAUUGCUCAGCUUCAUGCAGCUGGAGCCGUCCCCACUGAGCCGUGGGAUCCGCUAUGCAAGACUGUAAAGUUUUACGUGCGCGACACGGAGUGCAACCAAGAGUGGAAGCGCUAUGAUGAUCCUACGUCGUAUAUCCACAUGGAGGGUUGUUUACUCAAGCGUGGCCAUGUUAACAAGAGCUGGAAGAACCGCUUCUUUCGGAUUGAAAAAGGUGAGCUGAGGUACUACACGGAGAAUCAGAGCGAGCUCAAGGGAUCGGUGUCGCUAAAGGACACAAUCGUUAGUCCUGGCAUGGCGCAGUGCCCUGAUGGGCGGAAGUACUACUUUGUGCUGACGUCCAAGGAUGGCAAGUUUGAGAUACACUUGAACGCGCACAAUGAGAACUCAAUGCAUUUGUGGAUCGAGGCGUUGCAAGAAGCGCAGACAGCAUUAGGCAGGAUGACUGGCAAGCAGGACACUGUGUCUGGUUUGUCUCUCGUGGUUAAGCGGGCAGAGGAGAUCCCACUAGGCAAGAUUGGUGUACUCUUCAAAAGGCCUGAAGAUAUUGACAUUGAAAUGCAAAAACGCACGGAGGCUCUCGUUGUGGCAUCCAGUUCGAAGCAUCGCGGUAUCGCUAUCGGUAGCCAGCUUAUGUCUGUCGAAGGUCGUAGUAUCCUUCGAAAGACGUACGCAGAGUCACGCCAGCUCUUGCGCGCGUCCUCCUUCCCUCUUCAGCUGGAGUUCCUGCUGCCACCGUGCAAGCGUGGUGUUCUGAUCAAGAAGUCUCGUUCUGGCUUUGAAAACUGGAAGAAGCGAGUGGUCGUCGUUACAAACGGUGAGAUUCACUACUUUAAACAAGUAUCGUCAUACAGCGUAGGCAAAAAGGUGGCGGCCGAGCUCAAGCAUCGUAAAUCCUUCUCGCUGUACGGCUGCUACCUGAACCUGAUCCAGAUCCCAGGACGUGAUAUGUGCAUCGUGGUAGCGCGCUCGCCUUCGGACAAGCUGGUUUUGCAGACCCGCACAGAGGAGGAACGCAUGGAGUGGGCCAGUGUCAUUUACUGCAGCAUCCGGAUGGUAUCACAGGGCAUCACGUCGGGUCACAUUGAGACGCUGCAGCUGGAACACUCGCGACUGUCGUCAAAGCUCAUGCCCUCCGAUCUCAAAGGUAAUUUCAAAGACCAAGACCAACUCGAAUUCUAG